AUGGAGCCGUCUUCGUCAACCGGAGAAAUCAAAGAAGUCUUUACAAAAAUCCUAGGACUAUCUGACGUUUUUUAUCGACAUCAGAAGAAAGAUGAGCCUGAUCUUGAGGAUGAAGAGAGGCUGAAAAUCUUGGAAAACCUCUUCAUUUCGAACCCCAGCUUAUUUCUCCAAAGGUAUCACAGAUAUUUAGAUGAAGGUAGGUAUUUAAAAUCUUUUUUACAUUGAUGUUUAGGUGAUAUUUCACUUUUCUCGGAUGAUUCAACUAAUUUGAUGUACUUUGACAUGAUUCGAAAGGCAAAAUUAAGUUCCGAGAAGAGCAGAGACCUUCGAAAUCAAAGGUUCUUGGCGAUGCAGAAGCUGAAGGGCCAAGGAGAGUAUUUUUCGUUGGAUAAAAUGCGAGAGCGAGAUCCAGCGCUCUUCGAUUUGAUGCUCGGCGGACACCUUCGCGAUGAUGGUAAGGUUAGCAUAAAUUUUGCUUUAUUUCUUUCAUUUUUAGAGAAGAUAACACUCCGACCAACUGAAGAACUGAUGGAUGGAGCUGAUUACUCUGACUACAUGGGCGAAUACGAACAGUGUUGUUCGGAAGAGUCAUUGGCGAAAAGAAAAAGGCAUUUAGAAGAGUUCGAGAGGAUCAUGAAGAAUGAUGGCAUGGACCGGUUCCUGCAUCAUGUGGAACAGCAUGAGGACGAUGAAUUUGAAGUGGAGUUUGACUCUGACGAUGAUGAGGGGAGAAAUGCCGAGAUUGAGAGGCAGGCUCGACUUCUGCAGCAAAGAAAAGAUCGGCAAGUACAAGAUAGUAAGUAUAACAUAAUAUCAUGGAUUUUCAUAGAUUUACAGUUUAUUUGAGUAACCUUUAUGUCGUUUUAUCCUUUAUUCUUUUUUUUCAUUGCAGAAUUCGAUCUGGAAGCCAAGAAAAAAGACGAAAACGACCAAAAAACAGCGGAUCAGAUGUCCAGAUUAGACGUUUCCGAUGAAAAACAGCUCGACAACGUCUCACGAAAUUCCUCCGAGGAUAUGGAACAUGACCAACGACUCGAGGAGUUCAAAUCAAUCAUGGAAGAGCGAUUUUUGGAAGGGAAGGACACUCAAUUUUAUGAUUAUAAUCAACUUGAGGAGUCCGAAGAAUACGCAAAAAUGAAGGAGCAGGAUGAAGAAGACAAAUAUUUUGACUCUGAUUAA